UCUGAUCAGCCUCAGGGGAGUCAUUUGUAUAAUGAAUGGGGUCAUAUUGAGUUACUAGUUUUAAGGUAAAUUCAUUAGAAAUGAAGCAGUUUUGGUUGAGGGCUUAGAAUUACUGUUUAAGCCACAAAUGAGAAAGGGGUUCAGGAUUCUGUCUUAUAACAUUAGCUGUGAAGUUUUUUUGAAUGGGCUAUUAGGGAUUUGGUAUUGUAACAGAGAGAAAGUCAUAUUUAUCAUUGAGAAUAAAUAGGGGAAGAUUACAUGAUAACCAACUUGGGACAGUUCUGGGAUUGGAGAAGAGGAUAUCCUUAUAGCAUUAGGGGAUCCCACAAAGGUGGAUAGGUUUUCCAUGAUAUGGGGGAAACCUGGGAGCACUGUUGAACUUUGUAAAGGUGAUGAAAUCCUACUAACCAUCAAAACUAUUAAGCUCUCUGAUGCAGGCACUUACACCCCCGGACUACAAAGGACCGGGACAGACACGAUGGGUGUACUGCCAAAACCAGAGGUCCCAGACGAACCAGGGCCAGACACACUCCUCUACCACCCCUGGACCGAACCUGCCACCACUGUGUUAAAAUUAAUGUUAGACUAUUCAGCUAUUGAUCAAUUAGGCACGGAGACUGGUUUUGAUGGUAGGGACAAUUUGUGGCUGUCUUAUACAGAAUAGACUUGCUUAGGAUAUGCUUCUUGCUAGUCAGGGGGGCGCCUGCAAGAUGUUCGGUGAACAAUGUUGCACGUAUAUUCCUAAUAACACCAGUCCAGAUGGUAGUAUAUCUAAGGGCCUUAAUGGGCUUGAUGCACUAUCUGCUGAGAUGAGGACCAUGGCGAGGGUGGAGGAGUCUGACUGUUCUUAGUUGGGAGCCUGGUUAGGUAAGUACACUGGUAUGGUGGUUACUGGAUUUCUGACCCUAAUUCUUGUAUUAUUUGUUAUUGAUGUGAUGUGCUGCUUGCAUCAUACCGUGUUUUAAGAAGUCUGUUACAGAUGUGGUGAAGGCUUCAGGCAUGAUGCCUUUGCUUGAUGCUCCAGUUGGAGAUGCUGAGGUGAAGCAUGCUUUCAGGGGAGGAUGAGACUGACUGAGGAUGACCCAUGUAUGUUUGUUCUCCCUGUUGUGAGGGGUGGCAUGGUGCCCACCUGGUGCAGGAUAGGAGUAGCUGAGAGGACCAGAUGGGUGAUAAGAAUGCUUUGUUCUGCUUUACUCUGUUUUCCAUGACCAAAGUUUUAUUCCACACUUUGCAACACAUAUUAAAUCCAUGUUAUUGUCAGAUAGAAUACUGAGGGUCCCCAAGGAGAGGGCUUGUUAGUGUAGGAAGGAUUUUUAAUAUGGUUAGCAUUUAUUAGAUUAUAAGUUUUUAAAUAGUAUUAUAUUUAACAGGAAUAUAGGACAUCUAUGAUGAUUUAGGAUUAUUGUUAGGAUUAAGAUAGAUUGAUUAAGGACUUUAGAGAAAAGCCGCUCAUAGACAUGUUCUUUCUAAAAGAAAAUCCAUGAGUUUAGAAAGCCAAACAGUGAGGCAUGUAGUUCAAAUUUGGGAAUGUGAAAAACAGCCACAGGCAGGCAGAAGAGCCCUCCCCCGCACUGCAGAGACCUUGAAGGUUGGAGAGCAGAAGUUUUAGAAGGGGAGCCAGGACGAGCAAAGAUAACAUAGUGUGUAGAUAAGUUGGAGACAAAAGCGAGAAUGGAGCGAGAGUGGAGACAAAAGCGAGAAUUGGACAUGUGGAAAAUGAAAGGGACACUCCUAAAUGAUAAUGUCAGACAUAAGGAUAAUUCACUAAAUCUUACCUAAGUCAUUGUGUAAGAAUAAGGCAAGGUUGUUACCUGGGCAGAGCCAGGUAACAAAAGGGGGGAUGGGUAAAUAGUGUUCUGGAAUAGGAUGUGACCUACGGGAUAAUUAACUAAUACCAUUUUUUUUGGCUAAUAAACCGAACGAAUAAGAAACUGUUUUAUUAGCCAAACCCGUAUGUCAAAAGUUUUAUGCCCAGCAGGAGAACUACAGAAGGAGGUGGCACACGAGAUUCAACCAGGAGACUGGGUCUGGGUCCAAUCACUAAAGAAAAAAACUGGAAGCAGCCUCGGUGGGAGGGACCAUUCCAAGUACUACUGGUGACUGCCUUCGCUGUGAGAUUAGCCGAAAGAGCUACCUGGGUGCAUAUCACACAUUGUAAGAGGGUAAGACACUGUCGGACAAUCACAGGAGUAGGAGAGGAACCGUGACCCAUAUGGAACGGAGGUCAAACUCCUUCUGAAGAUUCCCUAUACCCGACCUUUCCCCAGCUGUGAGCGUUCAUAGAAGUGAAGUGAUGGCUUGGCCUCUGGCUGUUGAUAUGUUCUCGGGGAGAGGGUGGGGCUUCACGUGUGCGCUGACCGUCCUGAGCUGUUUUAUUGUGGGGGCCAUGUUCCUGAUUCACCAUGAUCCCCCGGAGAGUGCCAAAGAGGAUAAUUUGAACAACUUUUUCAAAUUCUAUUGUAAUAUAUGUAAUUUAUUCAAUAUUCUCAUUCUCAAACAUUUUUGUUGUUGUUUAAUCCUUCACUGUGACUCCCACAGCCAUGAAAGACAGAGGGAAGUCCAGGACUAGGACACAAGAGACCAGUCAGAACAGUUCUGAGAAAAGCCUGACAGACCUCCUCAGUGUCCGAUGUGCCAGUGAUAUUGUCCUACAGCCAAUGCAACCAGGGAGAAAGAAUAGCCGAUCCCACUUCCACAACAUGGAUGUGACUAAAGAGAGGGCUGACAUGGGAAGGCUUCCAAUGGCCACUCCACCCAUCAAGCUCCCAAUGCUCACUGUGACCUCUCUCAUUGUCCAAAGGAACAAAAACACCCUCAAGGUGCCUCGUCUGCAGCGAGGGACAGAUGGGGAGCAAGCGUCGAGGUCCGAUCAAUACAAAAACCGGAGGGAGCACAUUUACCUCCAGCCACAAGCAGGAGCCAGAGGUUAAAUCCAGCAGACCACAUACACCGGGAAGCAUCCCUAGGACGCCCAAUGUAUGUUCCAAUGCAGCCAAGGCAGUAGCUCCUUUAUCUGGGAUUCGAUGUAGCCAGUCUGAGGUCAGGAUCCAGGCCAAUCCUCUCCAGAGGUCUAACAUCCAGGACCAAAGGCCCCGCCCUCCUCCUGCUCUGUGCGAAGGCAGCCUCUUGCAGCCGCCAUGUUCUCCUGUGGAUGUCCUCCAGCCGGAGGUCCAGGUCAGCAGAAGCCUGGCUCGACCCAAGACCGGGAUAGCUAGGAUAACAAGACAUACUGAUGGCAGCACUCUGAGGUUCCCUAACCAGACCUUAGAGCUUAUAAACUCCAUGGGUAGGACGGAGAGCAACAAUUCUUUCCCUGUGCUGCCAACCAUUGCAGUGUCAGCCUCACAUGCACAGAUGGCCAUCCCAUUGCCUACCCCAAUGGUCAGCCAUGUGCCUGACCUCCUGGUGCCUACUCUAUCUGCUUCUCCGGUUCCUUCCAGCCGAGUGCCUGCCCCACCUGCCUCCCCAGUGCCAGCCCGGCCUGCCAACGUCAGAUCACGGCGCGUGUCGAAGAGGAUCCAGCUCUUACAGAUCCAGUCUGCUAUGCUGGACCAGCAGCUACCAGAACAACUGGGUGACAAACAAAUCAUAUUACCCUCUGAGCCCCUGUCCUUCAGUAGGACUGAGAGGUUGUUCCUCUGUGGUCCACCUUUAGUCUGCCACCCAGCUAACAUAGGCGGAGAUGAUGGCUGUCACCCCCUGCCCAGACCUACGCCCAGCCACGCAGAUCGCACCGACCACUCCCCUUUAUUGACCAGUAGGAGAGCCGUGCAGGCGGGCGAGAAGUUCCCCUUUGAAAUCCUCUUGACCCCCUUGGUCCCACUGGCAGAACAGCCUCCUAUCAAGCAGUGGCACAUGCCCGCCUCUCGUACCAAGACCGAGCGGGAAUGGGAGAAUAGCCAACGAGGGCGCAGGAAGAGAGUGAAGCCCAUUCACUGGGACGUUAACUUUAAGUCUGGGCCUUUCAUCCCAGUGUGUGUCUCUCCAUCACUGCCCUUGAUCUUGGAGGUGGAUGAAGAGUCUCUGUCUGAAGAGAUGGAGCAAAGCCAGUUGUAA